CAGGAAGUGACUCGCAGCCGCUGCGGGGACUCGGGCUUCCCUCGCUCGGAGGGAAGGCUGUGGAAUCACGUCCACAUUUCGCUCCAGAUCCUCCCAUCUUCCAGGGGACAGGGAAGGGAACUGGCUGUGAUGGAGCCAGCUCAGAUGCCGGUGACCUUCGAGGAUGUGGCUGUGUAUUUCACCCAGGGGCAGGGGGCUCUGCUGGACCCCGGUCAGAGAGCUCUCUACAGGGACGUCAUGCAGGAGAACCAUGAGACAGUGACCUCGCUGGGAUUUUCCAUUCCCAAGCCCAACCUGAUCGCCCGGCUGGAACGAGGGGAAGAGCCGUGGGUCCCGGAUCUCCAGGCCUCAGAGGAAAGAGCGAGCCCGAGAGGCACCUGCACAGCAGGUGAUAGGACAGUGAGUGAGAACAAGGAGGAGAAUCAGCAACAGGAAGUUCCUGGGAAAGUGGAAUCGCAGGAGAGGUUUUUGAGAAGAGCUGAAGGGAAUUUUUCCCAGUGCUUGGAGCAGGGAAAUGCCUGGGGAGAUCGACACAGAUCAGAGAUGCAGCUGGGAAACUAUGCCGGGAAGAAACUGGAUAAAUCCACUGAAUGUGGCAGAGGAUGGAAGGAUCCCAAGGAAACCACAGUUCAGCAGAGAAGUCACAAUGAAGAGAAACCCUACAAAUGCCUUGACCGUGGGAAAAGAUUCAGUGUCAGUGCAAACCUUCUUACACAUUGGAGAACCCACACAGGAGAGAAGUCCUAUAAAUGCCUUGAGUGUGGGAAAAGAUUUAAUGUGAGGUCACAGCUUAUGUCACAUCACAGAACCCACACAGGAGAGAAGUCCUAUAAAUGCUUGGACUGUGGGAAAAGCUUCAGUAGGAAGCUAUUUCUUAUUGUACACCAGAGAGUACACACAGGAGAGAGACUCUUUAAAUGCCUUGAGUGUGGGAAAAGCUUCAUUGACAGAAUAAAACUUACUAGUCAUCAGAGAAUCCACACAGGAGAGAGACCCUAUAAAUGCUUUGACUGUGGGAAAAGCUUCAUACAGAAGUCAAGGCUUACUGUACACCAGAGAGUGCACACGGGAGAGAGACCCUUUAUAUGCUGUGAGUGUGGGAAAAGUUUUAUUCGGAGCGCAGAGCUUAUUAAACAUCAGAUCACCCACACAGGAGAGAGACCCUUUAUAUGCCGUGAGUGCGGGAAAAGUUUUAAUAAUAACUCAGCACUUAUUGCACAUCAGCGAUCCCACACAGGAGAGAGACCCUAUGGAUGCCUUGAGUGUGGGAAAGGUUUUAUUGAGAACUCAGCGCUUACGAGACAUAGGAGAAUCCACACGGGAGAAAGACCCUAUAAAUGCCACGAGUGUGGGAAAAGUUUCAGUGUGCAAUCAACCCUUAAUACACAUCAGAAAACCCACACAGGAGAGAGACCCCAUAAAUGCUUCGACUGUGGGAAAAGCUUCAUUCAGAAGUCAAAGCUUAGUGAACACCAGAGAGAACAUACAGGAGAGAGACCAUAUAAAUGCCUUGACUGUGGGAAAACUUUCAUUAAGCGCUCAGACCUUAUUAAACAUCAGAGGAUCCACACAAGCGACAAAUCCUAUAAAUGCCUCGACUGCGGGAAAAGUUUCACUGACAGAAUAAAACUUACGAGUCAUCAGAGAAUCCAUACAGGAGAGAGGCUCCAUAAAUGCUUGGACUGUGGGAAAAGCUUCAUACACAUGUCCAGGCUUAUUGUACACCAGAGAGUGCACACGGGAGAGAAACCCUUUAAAUGCCAUGAGUGUGGGAAAAGUUUUAGUCAGAGUGCAACGCUUAUUACACAUCAGCGAACCCACACAGGAGAGAGACCCUAUGGAUGCCUUGAGUGUGGGAAAAGUUUUAUCGCAAGUUCAGCCCUUACUAACCAUAGGAGAUUCCACACGGGAGAAAGACCCUAUAAAUGCCACGAGUGUGGGAAAACUUUCAGAUACCGCUCAAACCUUACUAAACAUGGGAGAAUCCACAUCGGGGAGAUGCAUUAUGAAUGCCUUGAGUGUGGGAAACAUUUUGUUGACAGAACAAAACUUACUGUUCAUCAGAGAAUCCACACAGGAGAGAGACCCCAUAAAUGCUUAGACUGUGGGAAAAGCUUCCUUCAGAAGUCAAAACUUAUUCUACACCAGAGAGUGCACACAGGAGAGAGACCGUAUAAGUGCUUGGAGUGUGGGAAAAGCUUCAUUGAGAAGUCACAACUUAUUCUACACCAGAGACUGCACACAGGAGAGAGACCCUUUCAAUGCUGUAAAUGUGGGAAAAGUUUUAUUCGGAGCACAGCGCUUAUUACACAUCAGAGAACCCACACAGGAGAGAGACCCUAUAAAUGCCUUGAAUGUGGCAAAAGUUUUAGUCAGAGCUCAAAUCUUUUUGCACAUAAGAGAACUCACACAGGAGAAAGACCCUAUAAAUGCUUGGACUGUGGGAAAACUUUCAGUCAGCGCCCACACCUUACUAAACACGGGAGAAUCCACACAGGAGAGAGACCUUAUAAAUGCCUUGACUGUGGGAAAAGCUUCAGUAAGACCUCAGAGCUGACCAAACAUCAGAGAAUGCACAAGGAUGAGAGACCCUAGGAAUAGCUUCUCUGCAGGAAAAGAUUCAAUUUGACUUCACGCUUCAGUGACCCACACAACAGAGACCUUGAAUGUGGGGGAAGCUUCAUUUGGUGCUCCCAGAGUAUCAGUUAUCCACAAAUCCGCACAGGGAAGAAACCUCUGAGAUGUUCUCAGUGUGGAAAAUGCUCCAAGUGGAGCUAACACCAUGUUGGACAUCAGAGACUCCUCCACACAGGAGGGAAAUUCUCUCAGUGCCCUGACUGGGGCUGGCCAUGUUGACAAACCCAUUUCCUCGUUCCCACACACAUCAGGGGCGUUUGGCUCCCAAGGCCCCAACUGCCCAUCGCUCGGGUGAGGAUCCAACAGCAGCCGAGCAUCAGCUCAUCAGUGACCCGAGACAAAUCUGUGCCUUCCAGAGAGAGACUAAAUGGGGAAUGAGGGAUAGCUCAGUGCUUUGAGUAUUAGCCUGCUAAACCUAAGGUUGUGAGUUCAAUCCUUAAGGGGGCCACUUGGGGAUUUAGGGGGAAGGAUAGUUCAAUGGUUUGAGGGGGCGAUUUAGGGAACUGGGGUAAAAAUCUGUCUGGGGAUUGGUCCUCCUUUGAGCAGGGGGUUGGACUAGAUGACCUCCUGAGGUCCCUUCCAACCCUGAUAUUCUAUGUUCGGCCUCCAAGAGUCUGUCUAGGGCAGGAAAAGUGGUUGGGAUUAGCUAGUGCUGCAUCUCUUUUGUUCCUCCUCCCCUUUUUCUAGUCUAGACUGACCCUGAGCAGUUUAUUCCAAUCCCCCAUUAGCAAAGUGAUUGUUAGAGUCACUAAGUCCCCCCUUUGCAGUCAGAUUGUCUCAUUCCCAGACAUCCUCACAUUGCUCCAGGUUAUGCUAAAAAGCAUUUAACUUUUUGUGCUGUUUCUCCCUUUUACACCAGCAUUCAAUAGAGAUUAAAAGAGCUGGAGCAGGGAUAGUAAAAUAAUGUGGUGUUUUAACUUCUGUGUUAUUUGAGAUGGACGGGGUGAGUCCGGGGGAUUCCCUCCUGCCCCUGUCAACCUCACACAUCUUCUCUCACAGAGCAGCCUCUGCCCAAACCGUGGAGAGUUUAUCCUUUUCCCUUUCUACCCCUCCACCUUCAUGUGUGUCAUUUACCGCAGUGUCCCAGCCUCCAUCUAUUGGUAAAGUGGCAUCUGGAGUUUUUCCAGCCAAAUCCAGAUCAUUUGUAGACAGGAAGUUUUUGGUUGUUUGUCUUUUUUUCCUCUUUCUUUUAUGACGAUGAUGCUAAAGCUUUUGUCAAUGACCAGCCAAAGAAUGCGGCGGUGCUGAGGAGAGCAUCUUUAGCCUGUUCAGCAUGAAAUGGGCAAAUUUGUUUCCCAGAUUUUGAGUUUUAGGAUUCUCUGAGAUUUCAUUUCAUGAACGGGAAAGUGGUUUGUAGCCCACCUUGGAGUGUGGGUUUUUCUCUUUUUGGUGAAGGCUGUUCUGUCGUGUAUUUUGAUAUUAAAUGAGUUUUAAAGGAUAUAGUUCAGAUUUCUUGGGGACUUCAAAAGACAAAUGAUAAUUUGCCAAAAUAGUCCUUACUGAUUUUCUUUUCACAUCAGAUUUGCUGCUUCUUUGAACAAUGAAAAUGACCAGUGUCUGUCAGCAAAACAAUGAGGGCGAGUGCUGGAUACGCACUCCGAGAGUCAGAGACUGAAAUGGGGAAGGAAGUGACUGCCUGAUCCCUGCAGAGAUGUAAGAUACAGUCAGGAGGGGGAGAGGGUGGGUGGCCAGGGCCUUGAAAGGGCACUGUUUGCUCUUGCGAGCCAGAGAGCUGAGUCUGAGAACUAUGAACUCACCGCACAUGUCCCAGAGAGAGAGGAAAUGUCCUACGAGUGCUGGGUGAAGUCGUUGUUGAAUGCUAAAGGGCUACCAAUGAUGCCCCAAGAGGACUGAUGUGGAGAGGGGUCGGCGACUCCCCAUUGCUGAGAGGAGGAGGCCGGGCAAAUGCCUCUCUCGUGGAUUGUUAGGGCUUUUCUAUCAACUUUCACUUGUUCCUCUUUCCCUGGAGCGCGUGUGGCUGGAGCAGCAAUGUGCCGAGCUGGUGCUGAAAUGCACCGUGCCGAGCUGGGCAUUGGAUUGGAGAGGGGGUUGGGAUUUAGCUUUUAUUUCUUGGUUUGAAAAGAAUAAAGUAGAAUUUAGUUU